GCUAAGAGCGCGCGGAGAUUUCCGUUUUCGAACACCUCUGGAAUAUAUUCGCUUGAGUAAGCAUACGAAUGCGGGAAUAUUCAAACCAACGAUUUGUUUAUUUUUUACCGAAACACUUUCAUUUGAUCAGCAGACGAUUUUUUUACAGUAUAAUUUAGCUUUCAUUGAAAAGAAAAACUAAUAUAUUUAAAAAAUGGUUCACAUGAGAAGUUGUAGUGGUUUUACAGACCUCAAGUCAGGAAGUAUUAUAGUCUGUCAUUAUGCUAUGGGCCUCUCCUUCAUGGCUUUGAUCCUGCUCACCUGUCGUCUGCACGAAAUCGACCGGGAAGUAGGCUACCUGCAGGCCGUGCUCACGGACUGGUUUCCCCCCACGCCACCCCAGCAGCAGCAGAACGACGUCACCACGGUCGCUCCCACUGUCAACCGUCACCUCAAUCUACUGCAGGAGGAACUCACGCAGUUCUACUUGCCUGAACUUCAGUCCUCAAGAAUAACAUUGCUUCUGAGUGUUGUGUUCGUCGCUAUAUAUAUUUGCAGUUGGUGGUGGAUGGCUUUUGCUAUUAAACAAGUCAGCCAAGGUGGAAGUGUUUCUUUAAAGACUGUGUUAUUACUUGCUGUCUUUGCCGCUGUCGACAUUGCUGCAAGUACUGGAUUCGUUUUACUCCGACUCAUUAUGUACAUUCGAAGAGAUCGUUUUUAUCCUAAUGCUUUGAAACCGCUCAGUGCACAAACUGAGAGUGACCAAAUGGCUGCGUACACAGCCCUCAGGCUGAUAACUAUUAAGUCGAGUUGCGGCAAUGCCGAUAUCUUAGUCACCGUAGUUGUAGGAUUUCUCACAGUUCUGAGGAUUUACAGCGUCGUAUGCGUUGCAUCAUUUUACAAAAAAGCUAAAAGUGGAUCAAGAGACAUAUUUCAAAAAGAAAUCACUGGCAGCUGUGACACUUCGGACAGAACAGAAUCUAUAAAAGAUUUUGAUGAAUAUGCUCCAAAGUCCCUAAUAAUAGAUUAUGCUAAGAAAAGUAACCACACAGCCCAUAGGGAUCGCAGUCGCCGAUCCAGCAUGGUGGCCCAGUCCACUUUACCACCAGAUGACGACAUGGCAGAGCUCAAAAUCCAAGCUUCUGAUAUGCCCAUAGACAUGCAAAGGGCAGCCCUGAAUGCAGCCUCUCAAGCCAUCCGCAUCUAUUCCACAGAAAAACACAUAGCGGAGAGCAUUAAACAGGACUUUGAUCAACUCUACCACCCCACGUGGCAUUGCAUUGUGGGAAGAAAUUGGGGAAGCUGUGUCACCCAUUCCAAACUCUGUUAUAUCAGGAUGAGCUAUAAAGACAUGACAAUCAUGUUAUAUAGAUCGACGUGAGGGACUCAUAUGAGCAUUUUGGAAGUUAAAAUACAUGGACUAUUGUGAAUUCAAUGGCUCUAAGGUAAAGACAUGCCAAUUAGUUUGGAAUAUGCUUCCAAUUAUAUGUGUUGCCUUAAAAUCAUAGAUUUUAUGGAUUUCUAUGAUUAUUUAUACGGAGUAAUAUAUAGGGUGCCCAUUCUAAUCGUGGCUCUAUAGCUAAUUCCAAAGCCGUUUCAUACAGGCAUAUAUAAGUAGAAAAAUGCUUUAAAUGAGAUGAACAGUUUUAUUUUAUGGCAAUAAAUUUACUACUGAAAAACUUUAAGAUCUAAAUUACAAACGGUCAUAUUAAUCAUGUUUAAUAUUGUAAAAUAUCCUUGAAUACACUAAUAUUUGAAACAAAAAAAAGUUAUCUCACUUUUCUGUAAUUAAUCGAGUUUUAAAACUGAAUAUGAUUGUUUUGGGCAAUUUUAGACUAUUUCAAUUGCCGUUUCGAUGAUCAUGUGCCAAUCAAUAGGGAGCACUUGCCGCAAGCAGCUGUUAGUUAACUUAAAAUAAUAAAACUUAAAGUUUCAUAACUCGGUUAGUUUUAGGCAUGGAAGAGAGGGACAUUUUUUGAAACUUAAAGUAGAAGAAAUGUUUUACUAACUAUGAUUAAUAGGACAAACAAAAACGUUCAAAAAUUUGGAUUUUUUUUUUUUUUUUUUUGCAGCAUUACAUUUAUGAACAACCUAAAAAUGAUUCUUUACAUCAUUUAAAGCAUUUUUUUUAAUUAUUUGGUAGUAUAUGCUUGUACCUAUCGGUUUAAAAUUUAGUUUUGGAUUAUGAUUACAAUGCAACCUUCUGUAUAUAUAAACUACGUUUUUGUUGUUGUGGAAGGGGAUGAUAAAAAUAUUCAGUCUAAUGUUUUUAUGAGUUAAUAGAAUGUUCUGACAAAAUUCAUCUUUAUCGAACAUAAAUUAGUUUCUUCAAUUGUUUAAAAAUUAAAAUUGAAGUAUACAAUUUUAUUUUUUAUAAAUUGUUAAUCCGUUACCAAUUAUGAGUAAACUGAAUAUCUUUAAAGCAGGCUAAAUGUAAAUUUUGGCAUGUCUUUACUUUAUAACAAGUAUUAAAUAAUGAGCCAUAUAACAAGUCUGCCAUACAUUUUGUUAAUUAAUGUUUAAAAUAAUGUAAAUAUAAUCAAAUAACAAUUCAAGAUAUGGCUCCUUUUAUAUUGCAAUCAAUGGAAUGCAUAUCACAAUACAUUAUUACUCAAUAAGAUUAUUUGAUUAAAAAUAAUUCACAUUCAUUUAACUAUUGAGAAAAAUCAGUUUUGCCCAGUGAAGCUAGUUAAUGACGAAAAAAUGUGAAGUCAGUUUAUUAAUGAUAAAUUGUGAUCCAUUCAUCAAAGAAUACAUCAUAUGAUUCUUUAAAAAAGAAUUAGUUCAAUAUAAUUUAAAAAUCAGGCAUUAGCAGAUGUAUAUAUAUAUUUUUUUCUGAAUUUAGAAAUGAUUGGGAUCCAAAAGUGCCGGACAGAAAGUAAAUUUGAAGGCAAACUGUAUGUGAUAUAAUGACAAAGGAUGUUAUCUCUGGAUACAAAGUAGGAUCAUAUUAUGAAAGUAAUCCGAACAAGCAAACGGAGUAUUUCUUUCAGCAACCUUAUGCACAGUAUUGUCAGCUAUUUCGAUUUUGGGUAUCCCGCGAUGCGAAGAGGCAUAUUAAAAUAGGUUUCCGGCGUGACUAAAAUAAAUUGUACCAUAAUCAAACACGAAUUUUUUAUCGGGGAUAACUUGCCAAAUGUGGUAUCUAUUCAUGAACGUGAUAAAUGUGUUUUUAUUGCAACCCUAAAAUCCACGACGAAUUUUAAUGUUUGAUUAAUAUGAUUUGAUGACAUAAGUGGAAAACCGACAUCGUAUACUUCAAAUUUACCAAAGUACCUUAUGCCUUUACAGAACAAACCUAAAAUAACGGGUAUAAUUUUUACAAUUUCAGAAUCAAGUAUGUUUUAAUUAUUCCUUGAUUAUGUAACUAAAUAAAUAGAUGAUAUAAAUAUGCUUAUAACCGUUUUAAAAUUCUUUUCAGUAAAAAUAAUAAUUCUAUUCUCAAGGCUAAAGUAUUAAAUUGAAUUGAUAAAUAAUUGUAUAGAUAAAGAAGAAAUGAAAAUAAGAUAAAUGUGUGUAGGAGAAAACAAAAUUUUUACUAAUGACUUUGUAUAAAUAUCAUUAUUAUUAUUAAAUGAGAGCAGAAGUCAUUCAUAUUUCAACAUUUACAUAAUUUUUUGAGUGAUGUUCGAUUUCUCGCAAAACCUAACAAAACCAUGUCAAUUAUUAAAAAUUUCGCCAAAAUUCCUCUGUUUUAGAGGGCUACAGAAAAUGGUUUCAAGGAUUGCAAUAAAGAUCAACAAAAUUAGAUUUGGAGAAAAAUCGACAAAGCAAUUAUCAUUGUUGGCGAAAGAACAUAAAUCUGACAUAUUUCUCACAAAACUAUAGGAAUAAUUUCAAACACAAUAGAAAUGAAUUACCGUUUCAAAUUUUCUUAGCUUUUGAGGAAAUCUACUUACCGAUAAGAUAGCUUAUAAGAUAUCAGUUUGUGAUUUUUUUUAUAAGAACCAUAGAUUGAUCGAAAUCUUGACAAUUUAUAAUUCAUGCAAACACAAAAAUUGCUGCUUAAUCAAAAAGUCCGGACUGCAUUUUUGGAAAAAAAAAACAAAAAAAAAACACACAUUUUGACGCAUUAAAAAUGAGUUUAAUGAUUAAACUUAGCUAUAUUUUAGUGUAGUCGAGCUUUAAAUAUAUCAAGCAUAAGAAAAAAAUAAUAAAUUUUAGAUUACCAAAAAGAUUUUAUUUGCAUUUUUAUAUAAAUAAACAAUAUAAAUACCUUCAAUCCUCCUAUAAUAUUCUAUUUUGAUCUGUGCUACAUCAAAAACAUUGAUAACAUGUUUGAAAAAAAUUUCAAAAUAAAUAAAUAAAAUAAAAAUAAAUUCUUUUGCACUUUAUCCCAAAAAUAUCGAUUCAAACAUAAAAUACUAUCCAAUAAAGAAAAAAUAAAAUGAUUGGUGUGAUGUAUGAUUAAAAACGAUACAGAAAAUAUUAUUAAAGCUUGAUUUAUCGAAAAAAAAAUUUAAAAAAAUUACUUACCCAAUUUUAUAAAUAAAGAAAUUGAAAUCUUAUCCAUAUUACAUUUAUAAUGUUUCACGGAUGAAUUCUAAAGUCUAAGAACGUACAAAUGCUUGUACAUAAUAGAGUUCCCAUUGUUUUUGGUUACUUUAAAUGUCCGCGUUUCCACUGAAAUUUCACUUUGCAAAACUCCUGGGAUAAUUCUUACUAAUUUUACUUAGUUGCUAUUUUAACCUCACUACUGGUACCAGUUUUCGUACUUGCUUUAUUUUUCCACAGAGCUAAAAUCCGAAGUCUCACUGGUGUGGUGUGGAGAGAGGGGUGCCAGCUCAGGUGUCGUCCUCGUCAUCUGACCGCGGUUCAAAAUUACUAGGUCCGUACCAAAAUAGCCCUAGUGUUGCUUCAAACGGGACGUUAAUAUAACCAAACCGAACAGUACGGGAUAUUGAUAUUUUCAGAUUAUAUUAAUUUGAUAAACCAUUUUUUUUUUUAUUAUUAUUAUCGAAUCAAUGCUUCAUCUUUCUGACUAGCACAGUCAUGUUCUACCCGCAUAUCUACAAUUACAGAAAGAAAUUAUGUGUUCAUAUUAGCUAAGAAUACUAUUUAUUUGCUGCAAAUGUCUAAAACCCUUAAGUUCGAAACCACGCCAUUAUAAAUGAUCUAACACCUCGCAACUUGCAAAAUCAUUUUGGUUCAAUUCUUAAUUUAUACAUUUAAAACUUAUAUCCGUCGAUUUUUUUCAUAAUCACUAAAUAUGGUUCAGAGAAUUCAUUAGAACGAAAUUGUUUCUAAAUGCUAUGUUUUACAACCAAGAUUCUAUGAAUAUAUUUUCCUUUGUUUAUCAGCUCCCUAUUGGACUAUUUGUCAACUUUAUUAAAAAAUUCAUAAAUACCCUAUAAAGAUUACAAAAACUUUUGAAAUUUCUUUUAGAUAUUUUUUCUUAACUUUUUAAGAUAAAAUUUGAAUAAUCACUUUGAAAUCCUUUUAGCUCUCUGGCAUUUCCAAGUUCCAGCUCUAUACUGGUGGGCCAGUUUCUCUUUCAAACGAAGGAUGCAAGAGCCAUGCAAAGCGAAUAGGCUCUUUCAUAACUAAUGUUCUCCAAAGAUAUACAAUUAAAACACAAGUACCUUAUCGAAAAAUUAUAAAAAUCUGAUAUAAAUAAAAGCUAUUAUUAAAAAGGCAUCAUUGAAAUGAUUUUAACCAUCCAGCUGCGUAUCCCGCAGGAUAGCAAUCAGUCCAUUUUCUAUUGUAUUCCCCGUUUUUCGCAAUUUAGUGUUUAUUUUUACAAUUAGAGAUUUUUAUUAUAUCAUAUUAUAAUCAUGUAACAUAUAAGCUCAUCUUGUUUGAAAAAUAUUUGAAUUUAUUGCAAACAUCGCAUCUAAAUAGUAAUUUAAAAAAAAUUAUGCAAUCAGAGGUUUAAAAAAAAGGCAAUACAUUUUAAAAAUAAUUUUUAAUCAAAUAAUUUUAUUUUAUGCAAAGGAGUUUUUUUCAAUUUUCUGAAUUUAAUGCUAUUUUUAAUAAUUACUAUUUAGCAAUACUAUUUUUAAUAAUUACUUUUCCCCCUAUCAUUUAAUUGACUAAAAAAACAAACUGAAUCCUAUUAGUACAUGAAUUAUACUUUUAUUUAGAAUGUCAUUUUCGAACUAUUUUUAUUUUAGGAAUAGAGUGCAUAUGAGGAAUGUCCAUAAUAUACAUCCUGUUCCAAAAUAUAAUUAUACAGACAUAUUGUUAAACAAUGGUCUUAGAAAGCCAUUGCAAUUUAUGCACCAUAUUAUCAAACUGCUUAUUGUAGAAAGUUGUUGUAAAAUUCAUUAAUGUUUUGCACCACAUAUUUUUUCUCUCUUUUGGAAAGAGCUAAUAAUUUAAAAAACAAUUAUAUAUGAAAUAAUAUAUGUAUCCCAUUACUGUAAAGUGUUAUUUAUUAUAUGUUAAAUUCUCAUGGUAUCAUGGCCAGUUAUGAAAAUGUCAAAUGAAUUCUUUUAUUACAUAAAUGUCAGAACAACUGUA